AAAUAAAUAAAUUAAUUAAAAAAAAAAAACAACAAAAAAAAAACAACAAAAAACCGAGCGAAUUUUAAAAAAGCUGAGUAUUACAUUACAAUUUUUUCCACGUCUUCCAUAUAUGAAAAUUCCAUUCUACUGCCGUAACUGCUAACGUAAAUACAUGAAUAAAACAUUUCAAUUUCCCCAAAACUGAUCCAUGUAAAUCGGGACUUAUUUCAUGUAGCCCAUACUUAUAUAAGCUCUCUGAGACGGAGAGUUCAGGAAUAUGCGAUGACUGCUAAUCCUCACAUUGGACUUAUCCGGGAAAAGAUCGGAUACGCACUCUAUACUUUACAGGAGUUUUAUAGUAACACAAACUGGGUGGAACUGAAAGGCGAUACAGUAUACGAGGACUUUGGCAAAGGCUUCAAUACUGGAAAAUGCAGUAUUGGGACUUCUGAUGACCAAAGCAAGGAUAGAUGUGCAAUAGGUGGUAUCUACAAAGGAAGGAGUACAAAAGAUGAAGCACCACAUUACUACCUACACGAACAUGCUGUCAGUACAGCUAUAAGAGCAACACAGUACUUCCUGUUGGACGAGGGGAAUGGCAUCUACAACCUACUCGGACGAAAAUUGUUUAUGGAUGUUUUUCACCUGCAGUCGAAGGAAUCCGUUGUGGAUACAUCGCUAACUUUCGUGGUUGAUGUCACUGGUUCUAUGGGCAGCGAUAUUGAUGCCGUCAUUACAUCUCUGGCGACCAUAGUUACUGAUUCCAGAUCACUGGAAUUUAUUCCUUCGAAAUAUGUCCUAGUCACCUUCAGUGACCCAGAGAAUUUAACGACUGGAAGGGAAACUAGUGACUGGGUGGAGAUGAUUGGAUGGAUGAGAAACCUUACAGUCAGUGGUGGCGAUGAUUGUCCUGAGUACGCCUUGUCUGGAUUGUUGAAAGGUAUCGAGAUGUCAAAUAGAAAUUCAAAAAUAUAUCUAUGCACUGAUGCAAGUGCAAAGGACUCGGAGAAAGUGUCUGAUCUGAUACAUGGUUUAACAGCAAAAUCCCUUACGCCUGUAUUUCUCCUUACCGGAAAUUGUGAUGGCAUUGGAUGGGAAACUAUAAAGACUCUUGAACACUUUCCCAUCAUCAACAGUAAUUGUACAGUGCUUGGAAUCGGAUCCAUCGCAAUUCUAUAG